GGCAGUGAGUGAGUAUAUUAAUGUAUGUGCUUGCUAGCCUUUGGCAGAUCCUAUUGUUGUGUUGUGUUAUCCUUUGAGGGGCAGUGAUGGAGAGUCUGCGCCUCUGCUUCCACAAUCUCUUAUCCUUCCAUCUCUCCAUCAUCUCCACAAUUUUCCGGUGGUUACUUUCUCCUUUACCCACCAUCAAACGCUUCCCUCUCUUCGUCCCCUUCCUCGACGCAUAUGUAUCCCUCUUAUUCCGAUCCUCCAACUUAUCACCAUGCACUCUCGAUUUAGACGACCAAACCACCAUCCACUUCUGGGCUCCCAAUCAUCGCCGUUACAACAAGCCCAAUCUCGUCCUCAUUCAUGGUUACGGAGGCGAUGCAAAGUGGCAGUUCAUGUACCAAAUCAAAUCACUGACCCAAUCGUUCAACCUCUACAUUCCUGAUCUGAUAUUCUUCGGAAAAUCGCAUACGACUAGGAAGGAACGGACGGUGGAGUUUCAGGCGAAAUGCGUGGCUGAAGGGUUAAAGGGACUGGGAGUGAGAAAUUUCUCGAUGUUUGCGAUUAGUUACGGGGGAUUUGUUGGGUAUCGAAUGGCGGAGAUGUAUCCGGAAAUGGUGGAGAAAGUAGUGAUACUGAGUAGUGGAGUGGCGUGCUCGAAAGAUCAGAAGGAAGAGCAGCUGAAAAAAAUUGGAAGAGAUCCGGUUGAAUUGCUGAUACCGGCGAAACCAGAGGAUCUGCAUGUGCUGGUAAACUUGUCAAUAUACAAGUAUAAUCCUUUCAAGUGGGCCCCUGAUUACUUUCUCCAAGAAUUCAUUGAUAUGAUAAGUAGGAGCUACCUGAAGGAGAAGCAAGAGCUAGUUCACCACUUGCUGUCCAACCAUACAGAUUCCAUAUUGCCUAUCCUAAAUCAGGAAACUCUGCUUAUUUGGGGUGACAAGGAUAGAGUCUUCCCUCUUAUGUUUGGCCACCAGUUGCAAAGGCAUUUGGGGCCAAGAGCAAAGUUGGAAAUAAUCAAGAACACAGGACAUGCAGCAAACAUCGAGUCUCCUGAUUCUGUCAAUGCUUUGAUUAAAGCCUUUAUCUUGCCGCAAAGCAAAGACUUAAAUGCUUGCAUCUGAUGGACACUGGAGUUAAAUCUGUCAAUGCCGAUCGAUACUGCUAGGCUUAGCUGGGGCUUCUUGCUCUCUAUUUAUGUUACAUACCUCUAUUACUGCCUCACUGUUUGUAAAUAAUGAACUAUUAAUGGGACUUUGAAGCUUCAAGAACCCUCCUACAUGUUAUAAAACAAGUUAAAUUUAAUGUA